UCAGAUUUUUUUUCUGGUAGUGAGUGUAUUUCAUUUCAGGCUGGUUAACUAUCAUGUAGACCAUACAUUUUCUGUUAAAUAAAAUGAAAUUGUUGAAAUUGCUGCUGAGCCUGAGGAUGCGGAUGAGGCUAGGGCUUGCAGCCUGGCUACACGUGAUUCAGAUAUGCUUUCUUUCCUUUAUAUUAUGAUUUAGAUGUGUAUAGAUAUUCUAUGAGUUUUUGUAAUCCACGCAUUUGAAUCAUCAUAUAUGCUUAUGAUUUUAAUGCACCAAAAACCACCCAUGUAAUCUCAGCCCUGCAAAUGCGUCAGCAUAUCAAGCUCAUGGACUUGACAUGGAUAUGUUUGAUGUCGCCUAGGUCCGGAACUAGUUGUCCAUUCCAAUGUUACCAAGAUCACCAACCCACCUCAUUCUUUUGACAAAAAAGAAAAUGAAAAAGAAAAAAAGUUAGUUCCAUAAAGAAGGAAUAUGAUCAAGCCCAAUCUGAGCUCAAUUUGAGUCGUUCAAAGAUGAAAGAAUGUGACGCUGAGAUCAGUGCCAUUGUCAAGGAGCAACAGAAGCUUCAACAUAAAAUUACUGAUGCAAAUGUUAAGAGGAAAAAAUUGGAAAAUGAGAUUAAGCGAAUGGAGAUGGAACAGAAAGAUUGCUCCCUGAAGGUAGAUAAACUACUAGAAAGGCAUAGUUGGAUUGUAGCUGAGAAACAAUUAUUUGGAAAAAGUGGCACAGAUUAUGACUUCUCAUCUCGUGAUCCUCGUAAAUCAAGGGAGGAGCUUGAGAAACUUCAAGCUGAACAAUCUGGCCUUGAGAAGAGGGUCAACAAAAAAGUUAUAGUAAUGUUCGAGAAAGCUGAAGAUGAAUACAAUGACUUAUUAUCCAAGAAGGUGAUUGAAGAGCUUGAUGAAAAGAAGAAGGAAACACUAAAAGUUACUUGGGUUAAAGUAACAAGCUGACAAGCUAAAGAAGUCAGUGGAGGAUGAAAUUCAUUUUCUCAAGGGAAGGGUUUUAGAACUUGAAAGUGAUCUUGUGUCGAAGUCCACAAAAGUUACAUCUGCAAUUUUAAGGAAACAAGAAGCUUUAUCAUUUGCAUUUGCUUAAAUUGACUGUCUGAGGGAAGAAAAUUCUGUAAAAACGUGAGCAUUAUUGGAUGCAUAUGGAGGAUGUUUACUGUGUUGGAGUGUAUUUGUUUCUUGCACAUGAGGGUACGCUUUAGUUGUAAUUCUUAUGAUAAGUUGAGCAAAGUGAAGUAUUGUUUAUUUAGAAAUAUGAAUGUAGGAUGCAUUGUAUGAUUUGAUUGCUAUUUGUAAUAAAUGCAUUAUUUUUUUCCUGAUUGCAUUUUA